AUGGUGUAUUGCGGAAAGCCCUCCAAGGGCUGCUCCAACUGUCGAGAACGCAAGAUACGGUGCGACCAGAGAACCCCUACCUGUGGCCAGUGCGAAAAGCGCCAGCAACAAUGUCCUGGAUAUCGCAACAUUGUUGAUCUCAUGUUUCGCGAUGAGAGCCACCACGUCAUCGAGCGAGCUACUGCAACUCGAAGGCGAUCCAAGCAGGCGGGUCGUGCCGACGCUGUGAUUCUCAACCCACCGCCGUCCCCGGCUCGCUCCUCCCCGUCUUCUUCACCAUCUUCGGCUACACGAAAGCCCAAACCACUCAUGCGCGACGUGUCCCCAUCAAGCGAGGAAGACGACACUGCUGAGUGUGCGCCAAGGCAAACUCCUCGGGGGCGCCUUUCCGGCGCCAGUCACGUUGGCCGUCUUCAAAAUCAAAACUGCGGUAGCCGAGCCUCCUCGGCCCUCACAACCACUACCAAAGCCAAUGAUGCCAGAAUCUCAUAUGGCCUAACGAACUCCCUGCAGGAACGUGGCAUAGCCUUCUUCUUCGCACGCUAUGUUGCCACUGAUCACGGCUGCUACCAAAAUUACGACUUCAUCUACGAUGUAUGGAAACCGCCGCUCGCCUACGGUACUGAUUCGACCGACUGCAUCACUGCUAGCAUGGCGGCCGUCGGCCUCGCCAGUCUAUCGAAACUCACUCGAUGCCCCGAGACGUUUCGACGCGCCCGCCAGAGCUAUACCGUUGCUCUUGGCCUUGCCAACUCGGCUCUGAGCAGUCCGACGGAGGCAGUCAAGGACGGCACCAUGCUGGCCGUGCUUAUUCUGGGCACUUAUGAGUUUGUCUCUGGCCGCACGCCGCAAACCAUCAGAGCUUGGCAAGAUCACGUCAGCGGUGCUGCAACCCUGGCCAGUAUGAGAGGAGCGGCCCAAUUCCGCACCAAGGCUGGAACCAGAAUGUUCGUCAUGCUCUGCCACACUGUUCUGAUCAGCUGUAUCCGCAGCGGCUUGCCCAUGCCGCAGUCCAUGGUCGAUCUUCGAAGAGAGUUGUGGCACUUGACUGACACUAGUGGUCCCAUAUGGCGAGUUGUCGAUGCGUUAUACAACGCACUCCAGGUUCGGCAUGACAUAAAGUCUGGCAACGUUUCUGGGGUCGAUACCGUUGUCAAGAAACUCUGCAAUGUGGAAGAGCAAUUCUCGGCCCUGAUUUCGACCCUCCCGCCGGGUUGGUACUAUCAUCAGGCAAAGCUAUCCAAGCCACAUCCAGCGGUUUUGGGGGAUGCCUGCCACAUCUAUCGGGACCUGACUCAAGCAACGACCUGGAAUGGCAUUCGCACCAUGAGGAUGUUGGUACAGGAGACGAUCGUCGAGGUUCUUUGCGGCAGCACCGAAGACCCAACAUUGUUGCCAAGUCAUCACCAGCUGCAGCUUGUCAAAGCCAUGAAACUGAUACAAAUGCUGGGCGAAGCUUUUGUUUCUAGCGUGCCCCAGCACUUUGGCAUUGUCAGUGGCAAAGACUUAGUUUGCGACAGACGGGGUCGCCACACCGUCGAGCCCAUACCCACCGCCCAGCUUCCACACCGGAUCCUAUCGCCGUCGAGUCAAAAAGCAUUGCCCGGGACCGCCUCCAGCAGCGCGGCAAACCCAAACUCUUCCCUUGCUGCCCCCGCGUCUCGGAAGCCCACCUUGUUUGACCCCACGCAGUCGAGCGGACAUGAAAGAGGUGCAGAGCGAUUCCUGGCUUUAGCUACGGCCAGUCAUACCAUCAUUUGGCCGCUUUAUACGCUCGGCAUGUCAUCUUCGACAACGCCGGACACACUUGCCUAUGUUCUCGACCGCCUGGAAGCAAUAUACCAAGAGACCGGGUUUGAACAGGCCCGCGUGGUGUCGAAUAUCGUCAAGGAGCAAGUUCACACUUUGCUGUGGGAUCAGAUCCCGACCGCAAAACUACCUUCUCUGCCGGACGCUGCACUUCCAAUGAUGGUGUGA